ACAGGCGUCAGCUCGUAAGUCCAUGUUUUUUUUUAAGGUGGAACGGAAAAAUCCCCAAAAUAAAUCAACUUCAGCUGGAAAAAUGGGGCGAUUUCAGUUUGCACGUUUUCUCAGUAUCACCUGCAAGAUUUUCUGGCGGAAUCUAAAUUUUAAGGCAAACAUGAACGACUUUGCAGUGCUAAACACAGGCCGAAAGAUGCCACUCGUCGGAUUAGGGACAUGGAAGAGUGAACCUGGAAAGGUGAAGCAGGCAGUCAAAUGGGCUCUUCAGGCCGGAUAUCGGCACAUCGACUGCGCCUCUAUAUAUGGAAACGAAUCAGAAAUUGGAGAAGCCUUACAGGAAAUGUUAGGGCCUGACAAAGCUUUUAAAAGAGAAGACGUGUUUGUUACGUCCAAAUUGUGGAAUACGAAGCACCACGCUGAGGACGUGGAACCAGCACUUCUCAACAGCUUGAAAGAGCUGAAGCUAGAGUACCUGGACCUCUACCUCAUUCACUGGCCUUAUGCCUUCCAGCAGGGAGAUAUCACUUUCCCAAGACAAGAAGAUGGGACCUUGCUGUAUGAUGACAUUGACUACAAGGUGACAUGGGCUGCCAUGGAAAAACUUGUAGAGAAGGGACUUGUGAGGGCUAUUGGGCUCUCUAACUUCAAUAGCAGACAGAUUGAUGACGUCCUGUCCGUGGCCAACAUAAAGCCUACUGUUUUACAGGUGGAGGGUCAUCCGUAUCUAGCCCAGGUGGAUCUUCUCGCACACUGCAGGGAGAGGGGCUUAGUGAUGACUGCCUACAGUCCACUUGGCUCUCCGGACCGUGCCUGGAAGAGACCAGAUGAGCCAGUUCUCUUAGAGGAGCCAGUCAUUUCAGCUUUGGCCAAAAAGUAUAACAAAUCUCCUGCACAAAUUAUAAUCAGGUGGCAGACCCAGCGAGGAGUCGUGACUAUUCCAAAGAGCGUUACGGAGUCUCGCAUCAAAGAAAACCUACAGAUUUUUGACUUUACUCUGGAGCCUGACGAGAUGAACAGCAUAACAGCCUUAAACAAAGGCUGGAGAUACAUCGUGCCAACUAUAACUGUUGAUGACAAGCAUGUACCAAGAGAUGCGGGACAUCCCCAUUAUCCUUUUAAUGAUCCUUAUUAAUACAUCGUUCUGCAGGAUUAUGUGCCUUCCAAUUAACUUCAACUGGCAUAGAUUUUCUUUUCCAUGGGAUUCCCACCUUAUUUUUAUUCCUGUCAUGCUGGGGUAUAUGUCACAAUCUGUUUCAAAUAUCUGUAUUUGAAUGACUUUUUUUGGUGAGUCUUUUGGGAUUCUAGUCCAGAUGAACACCUCAAGUCUCAACCAGAUGCCCAGAAUUCUGUAUGACAAGCUUUAUAAAAAAUAAAUAAAAACAAACAGUGCACCUCC